AUGUUGGGGACGUUCUCGCUGGUCGUUGUCUUCGCUGCUGUUGCUGUUGCUGUUGCUGUUGCUGCUGACACAGUGGGUUGCACGGUGGGUGUACAAGACGGCACACAUAACACGACGACUGUUGACCUUGAAGCGAAGGAGGUUCCUGCCAGACGACAGACUAUGCUUCCAAUACAGUGUGCGGCUAACGGAGCGGCUUACAGUUAUAACAAAAAUUCCUAUAACGGUCCCUACAGGUGGUCCCAGCUGUCCAUGUGCUGUGGGGGCUCUUGGCAGUCCCCCGUCAACAUCCGGUCGGCGCAAACGUCUUGCUUUAAGUCCUUCCGGGUCAAGUACAGUCUCUUUCCUUCCGGGUCAUUGCAGGGGCAACUCUAUAACUCUGGUGGCCACACAGCGAGUAUGGAAUUUUCUAUCUCAAAACCCCUGACUCUGACCGGCGUCCCACACAGCUCUGAUUCCACCUACAUCCUCAGUAAGCUGCACUACCACGUCGGCAACCUGCCCAACACAGGGUCUGAACACCUCGUUGACGGUAGAGGUUAUGACGCCGAGCUUCACUUGGUUCACUACAACGCAAAGUAUGGGAGCAUGGACGGUGCGAGUGGGAUGCCUGACGGACUGGCCGUGAUAGCUGUCUUCCUACUGGAAGGUUCUCUCUCCCCCAACACUGACCUGAAUAAUUUCAUCAGCGCGGUCUCCAGGCUACGGGGAAUAGGUAACAAGAUUCCAACCAGGAUCGACCCACGUAAACUCCUCCCUCUCAGCGGUGAUUUCUUCACCUACCAGGGAUCGCUCACAACUCCACCCUGUUCGGAGUCUGUUAGGUGGAUUGUCAUGAAGGCCCCUCUCAUGACAACUCGAGACAAUGUGAGGUUGCUGCAGAUGCUUCCUACUGCCGAGGGCGUACCUGUUGCCGUCCACACUAAUGUCAGGCCGCCCCAACCCCUCAAAACGCGCAUUCUCGAGGCCAACUUCCCCUGUUUGGGAUAGACAUAUCUGAUAAACAAAC